CUGGGCCCUUUCGGGAGCUGCCGGGAAGACGAUGAGAGCCGUUGGGCCAAACAGGGCACAACCGUUGCGAGCGGUGGGGAACGUGCUGGUCUGAGCCGGACUCUGUCUCAUGGCUUCCUCCAACCCUCCUCCACAGCCUCCCAUAGAAGAUCCGCUGGCUCCCGGAGCCCCAGGCCCCUCCCCCGAGGUGGAGGAAGACUCCGGAGAGGCCUUUGAGUUUGAUGACAGUGAUGAUGAAGACGAGGCCAGCACUGGCCUGGCUGUCCCUUGCCUUGCCCCCGAGAGGGAUGCAGACCCCCCACUGAUAAGUUUUGAUCCCAUCCCUGGCACAGACCCAGACCCAGCGGACACACCACCCCAGACCGAGGCACCAGCUGUGGUGAGCAAUGGGGAUGCCGUGGGCGCAGCUUUCUCUGGGGUCCGGCGUUCUAGCUGGAAGCGGAAGAGCUCUCGUCGCAUUGACCGGUUCACUUUCCCCGCCCUGGAAGAAGAUGUGAUUUAUGACGACGUCCCCUGCGAAAGCCCCGAUGUCCAUCAGCCUGGGGCGGAGAGGAACCUGCUUUACGAGGAUGUGCACCGUGACGGGGCGCCCCGGGAGGCGGAGGACCUAGGCUGGAGCUCCAGUGAGUUUGAGAGCUACAGUGAGGACUCCGGGGAGGAGGCCAAGCCCGAGGCAGAGCCUGCCAAGCACCGAGGGUCCUUCCAGCCCAAGCUUUCUCCAGACCUGACUAGGCUAAAGGAGAGAUACGCCAGGACUAAGAGAGACAUCUUGGCUUUGAGAGUUGGGGGGAGAGACAUGCAGGAGUUGAAGCUCAAGUGUGAUUGUAAGAUGACUCAGCUCAUGAAGGCCGCCAAGAGCGGGACCAGGGACGGACUGGAGAAGACACGGAUGGCUGUCAUGCGCAAAGUCUCCUUUCUACACAGGAAAGACGUCCUAGGUGACUCGGAAGAGGAGGACAUGGGGCUCCUGGAGGUCGGAGUGACAGACAUCAAACCCCCGGCACCAGAGCUGGGCCCCAUGCCAGAGGGUCUGAGCCCUCAGCAGGUGAUCCGGAGACACAUACUGGGCUCAAUCGUGCAGAGUGAAGGCAGCUAUGUGGAGUCAUUGAAGCGGAUACUCCAGGAUUACCGAAACCCCCUGAUGGAGAUGGAGCCUAAGGCUCUGAGUGUCCGCAAGUGCCAGGCAGUGUUCUUCCGGGUGAAGGAGAUCUUGCACUGCCACUCCAUGUUCCAGAUCGCCCUGUCCUCCCGUGUGGCCGAGUGGGACUCCACAGAGAAGAUUGGGGACCUCUUUGUGGCCUCGUUCUCUAAGUCCAUGGUGCUGGAUGUGUACAGUGACUACGUGAACAACUUCACCAACGCCAUGUCCAUCAUCAAGAAGGCCUGUCUCACCAAGCCUGCUUUCCUCGAGUUCCUUAAGAGGCGGCAAGUGUGCAGUGCGGAUCGUGUCACCCUGUAUGGGCUGAUGGUGAAACCUGUUCAGAGGUUCCCACAGUUUAUCCUCCUGCUCCAGGACAUGCUCAAGAACACUCCUAGGGGUCACCCCGAUAGACUGUCACUGCAGCUGGCCCUCACAGAGCUGGAAACGCUGGCUGAGAAGCUGAACGAGCAAAAGCGGCUGGCAGACCAGGUGGCCGAGAUCCAGCAGUUGACCAAGAGCGUCAGCGACCGCAGCAGCCUCAACAAGCUGUUGACUUCUGGCCAGAGGCAGCUGCUACUGUGUGAGACCCUGACUGAGACGGUGUAUGGAGACCGGGGGCAGCUGAUCAAGUCCAAGGAACGCAGGGUCUUUCUGCUCAAUGAUAUGCUGGUCUGCGCCAACAUCAACUUCAAGGGCCAGCUGGAGAUCAGCAGCCUGGUACCCCUGGGGCCCAAGUACGUGGUGAAGUGGAACACGUCGCUGCCCCAGGUGCAGGUGGUGGAGGUGGGUCAAGAUGGCGGCGCCUAUGACAAGGAUAACCUGCUCAUCCAGCACGCGGGUGCUAAGAAAGCUCCAGUCGCCGGACAGGCCCAGAACAAGGUGUACCUGGGCCCCCCGCGCCUCUUCCAGGAGCUGCAGGACCUGCAGAAGGACCUGGCCGUGGUGGAACAGAUCACCCUUCUGGUCAGCACGCUGCAUGGCACCUACCAGAACCUGAAUAUGACGGUGGCUCAAGACUGGUGCCUAGCCCUCCAAAGGCUGAUGCGGGUGAAGGAGGAGGAGAUCCACUCGGCCAACAAGUGCCGCCUCAGGCUCCUGCUGCCCGGGAAACCUGACAAGUCUGGCCGCCCCAUCAGCUUCAUGGUGGUUUUCAUCACCCCCAACCCCCUGAGCAAGAUCUCCUGGGUCAAUAGGCUGCACUUGGCCAAGAUUGGACUCCGAGAGGAAAACCAGCCAGGCUGGCUGUGUCCUGAUGAAGAUCAAAAAAGCAAGGCCCCGUUCUGGUGCCCCGUCCUGGCCUGCUGCGUUCCUGCCUUCUCCCCCCGGGCCCUUAGCCUGCAGCUCGGAGCCCUGGUCCACAGUCCCGUCAACUGUCCCCUGCUGGGCUUCUCGGCCGUCAGCACUUCCCUUCCUCAGGGCUACCUCUGGGUUGGCGGUGGGCAGGAGGGCGCAGGCGGCCAGGUGGAGAUCUUCUCCCUGAACCGCCCCUCGCCGCGCACUGUCAAGUCCUUCCCGCUGGCAGCCCCCGUGCUCUGCAUGGAGUAUAUCCCUGAGCCAGAGGAUGAGGCCGAGGGCAUGGACGAGAGCCGGGCAUCUGCCGAACCCUCAGCUAUUGUGCACCCGACCAUCUGCCUCGGAUUGCAAGAUGGCAGCAUCCUGCUCUACGGCAGUGUGGACACUGGUACCCAGUGCCUGGCAUCCUGCAAGAGCCCAGGCCUGCAGCCUGUGCUCUGUCUGCGGCACAGCCCCUUCUACCUGCUUGCUGGCCUGCAGGACGGUACCCUCGCCGCCUACCCCCGGACCAGCGGUGGAAUCCCAUGGGACCUUGAGAGCCCUCCCACGUGCCUGACCGUGGGUCCGGGGCCCAUUCGCACACUGCUGAGCCUGGAGGAUGCCGCGUGGGCCAGCUGUGGGCCGCAGGUCACGGUGCUGGACGCUGCCACCCUGCAGACUCAGCAAAGCUUCGAGGCGCACCAGGACGAGGCGGUGAGUGUGACGCACAUGGUGAAGGCGGGCAGCGGCGUCUGGAUGGCUUUCUCCUCUGGCUCCUCCAUCCGCCUCUUCCACACCGAGACCCUGGAGCACCUGCAGGAGAUCAACAUUGCCACCAGGACCACCUUCCUCCUGCCAGGCCAGAAGCACCUGUGCAUCACCAGUCUCCUCAUCUGCCAGGGUCUGCUCUGGGUGGGCACUGACCAGGGUGUCAUCGUUCUGCUGCCUGUGCCUCGGCUGGAGGGGAUCCCCAAGAUCACAGGGACCAGCAAAUGCACGGGCACCAGUGUGACCAUCCGGGUCCUGCGAUUGGUGACCAUGACCAUGACCAUGUGGGUGCAAUUCUUACCUGCCAUGAACAUGUGGGUGCGAUUCUUACCUGCUGUGGUUCUCUGCUGUGUCAUGGUGCUGGAGAGAGGUGGUGGGGGUGAUGGGGAUCUGAGGAAGGCAGGUCACCUAGAGCCCUGUUCCUUGCCUCCAGAGCAUGACAUCUACCAGAGCUUCCCUUAA